CGAGGCGUUGUCUUUGGCCACAGUUCCGCCUUAAAUUGAGUGCUGAAAGCAAUAGCAGUAUUGUGUCGGGGCGAGCAGGAUUCAGAGCGCUUGCAAGUUCCAGCUACAACAAGCAGAAUGCCAAAUUUGGGUGGUGGAAAUAAAUGUGGUGUCUGCCAGAAGACGGUUUACUUUGCUGAGGAGGUGCAGUGUGAUGGGAGAUACUUUCACAAGUCCUGUUUUCGAUGCAUGGCUUGUAAGAAGAACCUUGACAGCACUACACUAACUGUGCAUGCAGAUGAAAUCUAUUGCAAAGCCUGCUAUGGAAAAAAGUAUGGACCCAAAGGAUAUGGUUAUGGCCAGGGUGCAGGGACUCUGAGCAUGGACACUGGAGCAAGUGUGGGAAUAAAGCCUGCGCAAGCUACACCUCAUUACCCCACCAGUAAUGUCAAUGAAUCCAAGUUUGCUCAGAAGUUUGGCAGUUCAGAAAAGUGCCCCAGAUGUGGACAGUCAGUUUAUGCUGCUGAGAAAAUUAUUGGAGCUGGCAAGGCUUGGCACAAACUCUGCUUCCGCUGUGCAAAAUGUGGUAAGGGUCUGGAGUCUACAACUUUGGCUGACAAGGAUGGCGAGAUUUAUUGCAAAGCUUGUUACAGCAAAAGCUUUGGACCCAAGGGAUUUGGCUUUGGCCAAGGAGCUGGAGCACUUGCCAAUACCCAGUAAAGUAUGGUGAAAAGUCUGAACCUGAAGCAAACUACACUUGAUAUCUAUCUGUGAACUGUAGCUACAACAUGUCUGUUUACAUUUUGAUGUUCCAUUAAUAAUAGAUCAAGUUAACCACUGUUUAUAAACUGCACAUUUUCCUAGAAUUUCUACAUGGCUUGCCACAAACUGCUUAAUGUCCACUUUUAACAUCAGAAUAGUUGUCCUAAAUCCAAUGACUAGUGUUUUAAGAACAAAGUGAAAAUGAAUGAAGGCUGAUCUAACACUUAGCCCAGAAAUUUAAUUUUAGUGCAUUGAAUUCAGUGGUGAAGAUUAGGUACACAGACAUUGGAUUUACAGAAUUUUGACUUAUAAUUUUUGUCUUCCUGUACUUUGGUUUCUUUUGCUCAGCACUUUCACUAAAUCAAACAUAGUCAAAAGAUUUUAAUUAAAACUGUCUUUUACUGCAUGUUGUUGUCUUUUUGUUUUUUUUUUGUAGGCCUAAAAAUUGUCAUUUUUAUUGCUGUAGUAUGGGUAAAUCCUCUAGAACACAGCUCCUUUUUUUUUCUUAAUCAACUAAAGUUCAAUCUGACUUUUAAUAAUUGGUGGCUUGUGAGGGUGAGGAAGUUUCUUCAAAAAGGAGGAGGUUUACAUAGCUGAGUGGAAUUAUAAUGACUGAAAUUGACAUUAGAAACCCCUUCUGAGAAAUGGGAUUAAAGGUUGAGGAUUUGUCUGGUGGGUUAUGAACUAAGUCCAAAAAAAUUUCUGGAUAUUUCAGCUACAAGACCUGUCAGGAAUUUGGCAGUAUCUUCCUUGCCUAAUUGUCCCCUCUUAUCCAUACUUCCAGUCACCCUCGUACACAGUGGGAUGAGCAUCUUUAUUGAAACUGAAAAGUUGGAAAGGUUUCUACUUUUUGAAGUUGCAGUGGAUGACUGUCAACCUCCUGGUUUGAGCAGGGCAAUAGGCUGUAGAAUGAAUAUCGGCUACUUGGAUGAGGCUGUGAUGUUCCUGGAGAGGGAAAUGUGAGGGCAGCUAUGAAGUGUUGCCUUGAGUAGUGCUGUGUAGGCAAUGUCCGAAUGGGGUAAGCUCCUAAACACUACAUGUGUUUUUUUUUUUAAAAACCCUACAAUCUACUUAGCAGUAUUAGUCUCUGUCACUACUUGGAGGAAAUGCAUAAAAUUAACAGUUGAGUGCUGAGUUUACUUUAAAUUUAGCUACACAAUAUUGAACAAGUGGAUUUUGUAGAACUAGUGACUAAGUAAAUUUUGUCCCUCUGUUUUCAGCUGGUAGUUUAAAGUUCAAAGCUCAUACUAGAAUGAGUGAACAAGUGAGUAGCUGCAAGUGUUUUUCUUUCAGAUGAAUCCUCCCACUUUUUAAAUUGCAUUCAUUCAAAUAAAUUACUUAAUUUUUCAAGGCAAUUGGUAUAAAAUCUAGCCCCAAAUAAAUAAGAUCAGAUUUAUUCACAGAAUACAGCUAAUAAAAUUUUUGUAGAUUUCCUGUAGCAUUAAUAGAAAUGGCUAGACUGUAUAUCUUUGUGCCUGCAAGAAACAAAUUUUGAUCAUAGUUCUGUUAUAUUUCAAUUGGUUGUUUAAAUGUUUUUUUUCCAGGCAUAGAAGCAGUGGCUUUUAAGCCUCCUGAAGUUCUGAGCCUCUUGGGACCUCUCUUGUAGCAAGCAAAAUCUUUUUUGGUUUAUUUACAUGUCUUUGAUUUUAGUGCAUGUCCUUUUUUGUUUUAGUGCUUAAACACAAAGGACCAAAACUUCAAAGUUUUUGAUGUCAAGCUAAAUUCUCAGAAGGAAAGACUGUUUUAAUAUUGGAAUCUGUCCAGAAAGGAGUUGAGUAAAACUUAAAUGAGAAUGUUAGCUCAAUAGAUUACCAUUAACUAGGUAGAAGCAUUUUAAACACUUAAAAAUUGUAUUAAGAAGUACAUAUAGAUUAAAUUAUUUGUCCAUUUGCUGUACUAUGGUGGGUUUUAAUGGAAAAAAUUGUAAACAAGUGAAGGCCCUCAGCAGUAAACUUUAUGUAAACAUUCACAAAUUCAAUCUGUAGAAUCCUAACUUCGUUUUUAGCCUUGCAAGUUUUUUUAGGAUUCACUGCUGUGCACCUGAAUAUGCACACAAUCAUGAAGAGGAGCACUUGAUUACAGCUGAGCUAUUCAAUGUGGGAUCAUGUCCUUGUCUAGCCUUCUGUACUCUUAGGAACUUUAAUACUUCAAUCAUGAAAAUUUAUCUGCAUUUCCUACUGAUAUAUCAAUUGAUUUGUAGUAGUUAAUCUUGGGUGAUAAUCUGGCAAUCCUGCAUGGUAUCAGUUGAAUUAACUAAAAAUGGAUAGGUGGCAUCCUGCCAGUUUUUAGGCUGUGCCCAAAUUGAGUUUCUGUCCAGUUACUUAAAUGCAUUGUUUUCACUAGUGCAAAGGGUUUUUGUAAUCUAUAGUUCCAGUGUCAAUUAGCCUUCCGAAAGAUGUUUUAGGCAGGAAUUGUUCCUUUUAACAUACUGGCUUCCUAGUUAUAUACCAUAUUGCUAUGUGCUUGUGUAACAAAUUCUAAGUGACUUGCAGUCUGUGAUAAUCCUAAACUGUUAACGACUUUCACUGUCUUUUACCAUCUUCUCCAAAUUAAGUAUUAAAUAAAUCAAAUGCUACUUUUA